CAGAGAAAGCGCCGGACCUCAAGACGAUGUACGGCGUGCUGCCACUGGGUUUGCUCCUGGGGCUCCCAGUACUUGCGGCUGGUAAUGGCUGCACUGCGACGCAGAUUCAGAAUGACUUGCUUCCAAGCCACGCAACGCCAUCCAGUUGUUGGACAGUGAUUGUAGUAAACCGCCAGAAGAUUGUCUACGACAUCACAAAGCUAGUAUCAAACCAUGAAGGAGGACGAAGAGUCAUUGAGCAAAUGUGUGGUCGUGACGGAAGUAUUGGCUUUUGGUGUGUGCACGGCAUGGAGGACUUGCAAGAGUCGAUUGAUGACGGAGAUGCCACAGAAAUUUGCAGAACAGCUGCAAGCGCUCGGCGUCUUGACAGUCUUGACAGUGACAGUGACCGGCGUCUUGCUGCAUGGGAUGAAACAGAUGAGGACGAUGAUGAAGGUAUUCGAAACUCCUGUGCAGCAGGCGGCUCGCUUCCUUCAGCUCCAGCCACGCAAAUUCUUGCAAGUGAAGUGGCAAAUCAUAAGACUUCAGAUGAUUGCUGGACAAGUAUGACACAAGGGACAACGAAAAUAGUCAUGGACAUCACCAACUACAUGACACUCCAUCCCGGUGGAAAAGCCUACAUCCUGUCCAUGUGUGGAAAGGAUUCAACGGCAGCAUUUCAAGUCUACCAUCCCUUGACCUACGUCACAGAGGCAGUAAGGCAUGGCUACGUCAUUUUGAAGGGCCAGCUUUCCGGAACCUACCCGGUGAUCACUACCACUACGGUAACACUUGCUCCUGGGGUAACAACCACAACCGGCCCAAGCUCUUCGCCCCAGACUAAAGUCACUGCUGCAAUUCUCGGGCAACAUGCAACAGCUUCAGACUGCUGGGGGCGCAUUGGAUCUUGGGUAGUGGAUAUGACUUCUUUGCUAUCAUCACAUCCUGCUGGCAGUUCCAUGCUGAUUUGUGGCGCAGAUGUCACAGCAUCGUUCCGAAGCAUUCAUGCAGAUUCAUACAUCUCGCGAAUGCCUGUUGUGGGCACUUGGGAUGACACGGUGAUCAGAAGGCCGGCUCCUACACCUGCCCCUGCUCCCGCACCAGUAACAGCAGCUCCGACGCCAGCUCCUGCUCCAGCUCCGCCUCCACAGAUUGUUGGUGGGCAGACAUCCAUUUUGAACCCGCAGGUGCCUAGCGAAUCGCAAGAGCUGGUUUCAUUGGAAGCGAUUGCUGUUCACAAUCAAAAAGCAGAUUGCUGGGUGGCUUUGCGCUGCAAGGUUUACGACAUGACGCCUUUCAUUCCUCUCCACACAGCAGACAAGUAUGCUUCAGCAGGAAAUGGUGCCAUUGAGAAAUUGUGCGGCUCUGAUGCAACCGCGGGAUUUGAAGCGGUGCAUCCCAUCUCUUAUAUUGACGUGUCUGUCUCCAUGGGGGCAGUUUCCCAAGGUUCUCUCGCGGGCUGUGGUUCUGCCGCUUCGAACACGCAGACCACGCAGGCCACACAGACCACGCAGACCACGCAGGCCCCAACCAGCACAGCUGCACCUGCAACCACCCCGCCGGACUUGGUCCCCGUAAAUGCAACACUUUGGUAUGACCUCCGCUUCCCAAAUUUGGUGGCUUCAUCACAGGACUUGACCAGCGUUCAAACAGAGACAUCUUUGUCAGUAGCUAUUGCACAUACAAUGCAUCAGCAGGGGCUUAGCAAUGUGAGGUGCCUUGUCACCAGUCUCACCCCUGGAAGCAUUCAGGCCAGGGUGGGCCUUUUCAUGACAGAUGUUGGCCAGCUUGAAAAUGCCCGGCAAUUUGGCAGGAAUCAUUUUACAAAAGUAAGCUGGCUGAACGAUUCACCUACAGUGCAGGGGACUCCCACGCUUGACGUUGGCUACGCAACCUCUACCGCAAGCACUGCGGGCACUGCGGGCACAGGGACAUCCUUCCCUGUCUACACGAUCAAUCAGGUCCGAGAUCACAACAGCAAUGUCAACUGUUGGAUGGCCAUCCAUGGGAAGGUUUACUCUUUCAUGGGUGCAGGAGGGGCCCAUCCUGCAGGGAACUUCCUAUCGCUUGGGCUCUGUGGAGUUGAGGCUAGUGCCACCUUCGAUUUGCAUCAUCCUUUGUCAUAUUUGGGCAUCUCCGCGCUCAAGAAGAUUGGCGGUGCUCAGGUUGGCACGCUCUCAUCCGCUUCGGCAGAAGAUGCUGGGCGCGUGUACCCGCGUCCAUCACCCGUUCAAGUCCUUCCAAACAUUCAGGUCACGCUGAGCGGCGGCUCAACUGAUUUCCUUCAAAAGCACAACCUCGGCCGGGAUUGCUGGAUGGCACUUCACGGUGACGUGUACGAUGCCACUUCAAUGCUCGGGCAGCAUGAUGGGGGACGUGCAAACGUUGAAGCGCUGUGCGGCUUAGAUGCCACGGCUUCCUUCGAUUGUAUUCACGGAAUGGGAGAAAUCCAAGAAGCGAUCCAGGAUUAUGGUAUCAGCAAGGUUGGCACUACAAAUGUCGUACUAGGGCAAGGUUGUACUUUCCAACUGCAAGCAGGAAUGCUCCCAGAUCGCCAAAUUGCUUGGGCUGAAUUGGCCAUGCAUUCAACCACUCAAGACUGCUGGAUUAUCCUUGGAUCGCAGGGUAUUGUUUGGGACGUCACUGCUUACUUGCCCAAGCACACAGGCGGAGCAUCAAGUGUCGGCAUGCACUGCGGUGGAGAUGCAACGGGUGCUUUCGACAAGAAUCACAAAGUAGGCUACCUGACGACCAUCGCUCAGAAAGGCGGCUUCCCCCAAGGUGUGAUCAGUGGAGAGCCGCCAGCAUUGGAUUCCGGCUCUGUGCAACUUAACCCCUUGCAGAUGAGCGAGGUCCAAAAGCAUAACAUUGCGGCAGAUUGCUGGGUGGCUGUUCACGGCUAUGUCAUGGACAUUACUGGGUACUUGGAUCGACACUCAGGAGGUCGUCAGAGCUUGGUUACAUUGUGCGGUAAAGAUGGCACGGCUUCCUUUGACAGCGUCUCCCAUCCCACAAGCUAUAUCACCAUGAUGGUCCAAAAGCGUUUUGCCACAAUGAAAGGAUGCGUGGGCAGUUGCACGACAAACGGUGCCACUGUGACCAGCGGAAGUGGCAUUGGCACUUCUCCAGAGCUGACAGGCCCAAAAGCUACAGUUCCUGCCCGAGAGUGCCGUGCUGAUGAGCCAACACCACCUGCAGUGACUGUGACCAAUGCCGAAUUGCAAAGCCACAGCACAGCCACGGACUGCUGGAUGGUCCUCGGCUGUGGUGUUUACGACAUUUCGAGCUACAAGCACAGCGGAGGGAACAUUGUCCAUUCUUGGUGCGGCAAGGAUGGCACAACAUCCUUUGUUGGGAAGCACCCUUGGUCGUAUCUACAGGUGAUGUUGGGUAUGAGCGCAACGCUGAUUGGCAAAUACAGUGGCACUCCUAUUGGGUCUAGCGUUGGCAGGCAAAAUCCUAUUUCGCUGGCUGAAAUUGGACGGCACAACACGCCAAAGGAUUGCUGGUCAUGCAUUCAUGGAACUGUGUAUGAACUGCAUUUCUAUUUGCCGGAUCACGACGCAGGCAGUGCGGUAAUAGAACCUAUGUGCGGGGAAGAUGCAACGGCAUACUUUGCAAUGGCUCAUAGCAUGGAGGCUUUGGGUGGUUUGCCAAAGAAAGGUUCUUGUGACAAUCGAGCUGAGCAAGCUUUUACUGAGCAAAACAUUUUGGAUGGUGCAGCUUUGGUUUCCUACAUCAUCCUACCGAUGUUCUUCAAUGAAGUCAUUUUGGCCGCAACUUCUCCAGCUGCGCAAGAUCGGCUGCUGCGACGUCCUAUGGCAAAGCCAUUCAAAUCCAAAUGUUUGGGAAACUUCUUGAACAGCUAUGUGGAGAUGCCCUUAGGUGUUUUCUUCAUGGUGGUUUGGUUCUUGAUUGUGACUGCUGUCCUGUCGGUUUUUUGGUCGAUCCAUUACAACGAGUACUACCUUCCAGACUUCGUCUUGGCCGGUUGGGUUGGCAGAAUGACAGUGUAUAUGAUCUCUAUGGCAACAUAUUUGGGCACUCGCCGUUGGUCCUUGGCGUGGGUCUUCUACAAAAUCUCUUACGAGAAGACCUUGAAGGCUCAUUAUGUCAUUGGCAAUGUGGCCAGCAUUUUUAUGCUUGUGCACGGAGGCAUGUACAUGGCAUCAUUUGGGCCUAGAAAUCUUCCUGAGCAUCAGGUGACUACGGCCUACUUGCUUUUGGGAUGCAUUCUGGUCGUAUUUCCUUUCACCAUCAACAAUUUCAGGGUGCACUACUAUUUUGUUUUCAAGGUCACCCAUUUCAUAGCCCCGGCAAUCACAAUCUUGGGGACCUUACACAUAUUGUCAUUGCAUGUGGAUGGUGAGUUGGGCCGUGGAUUUUGGGUCGCGUUGGUGUGGAUUGCUUCGGCGUCUCUAUUCUGGCUGGGGGACUUCAUCUACAGCCGCUACGAUGUACUCUUGAGGCCAACAGUGGUGAUUGGAACUCCGCGAUUGUUGCCGGCCGAUGGAGGGCCAGCUCAUAUUUGCGUGAAGUUGCGGAAGCUGAGGGCUACUCUCUUCCCCGGUGCAUGGAUGUCGGUCGGUUGCAGAGAGGCCUUUUCACCUUUGAGCCACCCUUUCACCGCAAUUGUUCGAAAGUGUGGUGGCUUAGAUCGAGAGUACGCUGAAGUGGAAUUCAUUUUCAAAGUGAAUGAGGGAAGGACAUGGACCCAAAGGCUUUCAAACGCAAUCGCUAAGCUCUCACCAAAACAACCUAUGAAAUUCUUUAUGACUGGGCCCUAUGGUGGUGGCUUGGGAUCUCUUGAUCCAAUGAAAGUCAUUAUUUUCGUGGUUGGUGGUGUCGGUGUCACUCCAGCAGCGUCCUUGGCCCCUUACUUGGUGAAGCGUGGCAAAGAUGUCUAUGUGAUUUGGAGCUGCCGCAGUGCUUCGCUAAUUCAGCAUGUCGCAGUCGAGUACUUCAGCAAUGCAUGCCAUUCCUAUUUCGAUCGCCAACCAGACCACCGGCACAUUCAUUACAGUGGGAAGGGAAGCGAAGGCCACGUGUUCCCACCCUUUGUCAAGACAGGACGGCCAGACGUGGCCGGCGUUUUACAAAAAGCAGCCAAGAGCGCCAUGUCCCAAGACAUUUUCGACCUUGGUGUUUUUGUUUGUGGACCCAAUGCAUUGGUGGAGUCUACCUUGAUGGCAGCAGAUGAAUUCAAUGCAGACAAGACAAAUGCCCACAUCCAUGUACAUGCUGAGUCCUUCCAAAUGUGAGGCUAGAGAACUGGCAUGAAGUUAAUAAGUGGCAUGAAAGAAGUGCCACACAGUUGGAAGCCGAUGUUUGAAAAAAA